AGUUGGAGGACUGUAGGUAGAUGCAGUUGGCUCCAUCUGCCUCAUGAUUGGAUGCUCAGCGCCACCGACCGGCUGAAAACUCCACCGCGAGGAAUUCCAGAGCUGAACUCCGCUCGACCUCUCCAAGCAGUUCAAGGGCAGCCACGUUCAUCUCGUCCCCGACUCAGCAUUAGCCUCCUAGACGAACAGGACAAACAGCCCGUAUCGAACCCUCAUUUCCACGAGAUUCUACCGCCCUUGACCGCGCACCACUACGAGUCAAAGAAUGAGGAGCUCUCCGCCACGGUAGACUCGCAAGAUCGAUCUACGACAACGAAUCGAUGGCGAUGGACUUUGUUUUCAUCAAUGUGCGCGAGCCGAAAGAUGCCCUGCAGCUAGCUAAAGAGCCUGAGAUCCGCUCCCACGUGGCUCGCUAUCAAUGGAAACAGAUCGAGAAUCGUCCGUCGCAUCCCACGCGGAAGGAAAACGCAAAGGCACCGGAGAAACGACCUCGGUCGACAUGCAUCGAUCUGGAUGGCUCCGAUUUGCAGACUCGGGAUGGUCCGUUCCCCGAUGCGACGACGACUCAGCCUGCAACACCCUUUGGCGUAGUCCAGGCCGCCAUCUCGAUCCCGCCGCCGCUCGGUGGGAUCCGCGUCGAUCCUUUUCGAUCUUACCCGAUCUCCUUUCGGCCGUUCCUGCCACAGCUUGUGGAUCACUAUCUCAUGGGUAUGGCGGUCGAUAUCCCCGAGCUAGACCAGCCCGGUAACCGGGGUCUUCUCCGAACCAGCUGGUUUCCGUUGGUAAUGACCGAACCAUCGCUUUUCCUGGUCAUCAUGUUGCUGGCCGGAUCGCACUAUGCCUCGGUGCAGGAUCAGUCGGCGAACCUCAAGCUGGAUCUUCUCCGUCUGCGGUGCGAGACCGUCAACGCCAUCAACCACUCCUUGCAGUUCCAGCAGAAGGAUGGCGUCAGCGACGCAUUGGUGGGUGCCAUCGCGAAGAUGGCCAGCUACGAGGCCAUGUUCGGCAGCAUGGAGAACUACAGCGUGCACAUGCAUGGUCUCACUCGGGCGGUCGGUCUACGAGGCGGUCUCCCGUCGCUCGGACUGAACGGGCUCCUGCGGCGGAUCGUAGUCUGGAUAGACCGCAACGCGGCCUUCUUGCACGGAUCGUCGCUCUAUUUUCCUGGCGCGACCUUUGCGCCGGGGCAGGCCUUGCCGGAUCCGAACCCUGGGCAUUUCCUGGGAGCGUCCUGAUCGUCACGGACAUAUCGGUGUAUUUAUGCAGUUUACGAUGGAACGACCAGAAGAUCUUUAGCCAUAGAAUCCACUUGCUUUCCCGCAGU